AUGUCGCAAAGCCGUGGAGCUUACAGCCCGCUUCCGGAUGAGUCGCUCGAAUCAUCGGGAGAUAUCUACCCACGACUGUUAUCAACACGAGCAUGGUUGAUGCAUGGAAUACUCUUCAUCUUCGCCCUCAUCCUCUUGACAUCCAGUCUCGUCAUUGUCUUCUCUCCAAAAAUAUGUGCCGAGAUGGCUUGGUCGCCGGUAGUUGACGCAGUGGAGAUUGCAUCGACCCGAUAUAACGUCACAUUUCGCGUUCCGAGCAAAUACCCAUCGCGUUUUAUCUGGUCUCCAGGAGUGGGCGCAGUGGAUGCGGAAUGGGAGCAGUUUACUAAGAACCCCCUUCUCGAUGGCCGUCAGGGAACGCUCGCUGUCGACCACGCUAUAGUCAAAAAUUUACCCCUAGCAUCCGAUUCCGAAUGGCUCAAUUCAAUUGUUCAAAUCCUACAGGGAGGCGAGAUCAAAUAUAUGGCUACCCUGGAGAUGUUUCACCACAUCCACUGUUUGAACAAGUUACGGAAAGCAUCAUAUCCGAACUAUUUUCGGGAAGACAACAUGAAAGCUCAGAUGAUGCGAGGCCAUUUAGUUGUUAGCUUGAUCAUGUUUCACUGGGUGAAUGGCCUCGAUGAGCCUUAUCCGGACUAUAAUACAUUUCAUCAGUGCCGUGACUACGAUGCUGUCUUGAAUUGGGCACUCGAUAAUUCUCCUCAACAGAAGAUAGCCUCGAGCACCUCCAACAUCAAUAUACCGGAUAUUGCCAUGCAGUCGUGCCAUUCCUCGCCGAUGCGAAAAAAAAAGCCCGUAACACUCUAUGAAUUCCUCUCGACGAAACCGACCACAUCCAAGUUCAUUCAACUCAUUGAUCAAUGUCCCCAGAUCAAGGAACUGUUGCAGAACUCAAACUUCUCAUCCACUGUGUGGGCCCCAAGUAACACUGCCUUCCGAAAAUUGGGAAAUAAGCAGCCAGAGGAAAAUGUUCUCACUUUUCUCCAGGCGCAUAUUUCGCCGGGGUUCCUGCCUAUAUAUUUUCUCCUGACAGCUCCAACUACGGACCUCUUACUCCUCCCUGGCCAGUUAAAUGGCGCCCAGAGAGUAACAAUUCGUCCCUCACUUACAGGGCUUGGAGUAAACUCCAAUGCGACCGUGGUCGAGCCCGACAAUCUAACGACAAACGGUCUGGUCCAUAUAAUUGAUCAGGUCCUCCUUCCUCGGCCGGCAAUAUACUCUCUUAUCGCUACUCUGCCACCGCACGACUUUGAUUUAUUCCAGACAGCAGUGCAACAGACUAAGGCAGCUCAGGCUAUUCUCCAUGAUCAGUCACGUCGCGGUGGAGUCGUUUUCAUUCCCACAAACCAAGCCUUCCGCAAGCUACCAGAAGACGUCCAGAAAUUCCUCUUCAGUGAUCAAGGAGCUCCCUCGCUCCAGGCCCUCUUACUUUAUCAUAUCGUUGUCAAUCGGACUUUAUAUUCGAAUCGUUUCUACGACAUAGAUUCUCCACCAGAGCACUUUAUGCAGACACCAGAAGCCACGCCUGAUCAUACAAUUCCUACUCCUGUGACCCAGGCAGAUUCUAUGUGGCGGGUUCUCAAGGGCGCUCGUCGCUUCUCUCUCCCUACUUGCCUAGCAGGUCGGCCGUUAGUGGUUACUGUGACACGAUAUGGAGGAUUGAUCUCGAUGCGGGUGAACGAGAGUGCAAAUAUAAUAGUGCAGGAUGGUUUGUCCAGUGAUGGAGUGUGUCAUAUUGUGGAUUCGGUUUUGUUACCACCCCCACAGGAUGAGGGAGAUACAAAUAAUGAGAGGGCUCUGUCCGUUGAGGACGUUAUCUCGAGGCUGGUCCAACUCUUAUAA